AUGAGGGACAACCUGACCUGGGUGAGUGAGUUUGUCCUAAUGGGGCUCUCCAGUGACAGGCAGAUCCAGGCUGGACUCUUUGUCCUGUUUGGAGCUGCCUAUCUGCUGACCCUACUGGGCAAUGGGCUCAUUGUCCUCCUGAUUGGGCUGGAUGCCCGGUUGCACCUGCCCAUGUACUUCUUCCUCUGUAACCUUGCAGUCGUGGACAUCUGUUACACCUCCAGUGGGGUCCCCCAGAUGCUAGUGCACUUCCUCCUGGAGAAGAAGACCAUCUCCUUCACCCGAUGUGCAACCCAGCUCUUCUUCUCGUUGGCCCUAGGGGGGACUGAGUUCUUGCUGCUGGCAGCAAUGGCUUAUGACCGUUAUGUGGCGGUCUGCGAUCCCCUGCACUAUGUGGCAGUGAUGGGCCCUAGGAGCUGUGCGGUGCUGGCAGCAGUCUCCUGGCUUGUAGGCUUGGCUCAUUCUGCAGUGGAGACGGCAGUCACCAUGCGCCUGCCCACCUGUGGGCACCACGUGGUGAACCAUGUGUCCUGUGAGACACUGGCACUGGUCAGAUUGGCCUGUGUGGAUGUCACCCUCAACCAGGUGGUCAUAGUGGUCUCCACCGUGGUGGUGUUGCUGGUGCCCUGCUGCCUGGUCUCCCUGUCCUACACCCACAUUGUGGCCACCAUCCUGCGGAUCCGCUCCACCGGGGGACGCCGCAAAGCUUUUGGGACUUGUGCCUCCCACCUCACUGUGGUCUCCAUGUCUUAUGGAACGGCCCUGCUUAUCUACAUGCAGCCCAGCUCCAUAGCCUCAGCCAAAGACAAGGUGGUGGUGCUGUUUUAUGCUGUGGUGACUCCCAUGUUGAAUCCUCUCAUCUACAGUCUGCGGAACAAGGACAUGAAGGCUGCUCUGAGUCGAGUUCUGAUGAGGACUUCUGAAUCAAAACUUUAG